AUGGAGGAAGCAAAUGUAACAUCAUGCCCAGGAAGUGACCCCUUCAAUGGCUCUACUAGCUGGAAUGCGUCAGAGAUUACUAUCCAGUGGAAAAUUCCCCUCAUGCACUGGGCGAUCAUAAGCAUCUCCCCAUUGGGCUUUGUGGAAAAUGGGGUUCUCCUCUGGUUCCUCUGUUUUCGGAUACGAAGGAGCCCCUUUACAGUCUAUAUCACGCACCUGGCCCUCGCCGACUUCUGUCUGCUUUUUUGCAUCUUCAUUCUGUCAGUAGACUCCAUGAUUUACAUUGAGAACACUUCCAGUUAUUACACAGUCGUGACCUUGUCAGCGACUUUCCUAUUUGGGUACAACUCUGGCCUCUACCUGCUCACAGCCAUUAGCGUGGAACGGUGCCUUUCAGUCCUGCAUCCCAUCUGGUACCGGUGCCACCGCCCCAAGCACCAGUCAGGUCUUGUCUGCACCUUCCUGUGGACGCUCUCCAGCUUGGUGACCAUCCUAGAGUAUGCCACAUGCAUGAAGAAUGAUGACACUGAAGAGCACUGUCGUGCGGUGAUCAUCUUCACCGUCAUCCUCAACUUCCUGGUCUUCAUGCCACUCAUGCUGGUGUCUAGCAUCAUCCUGGUGGUGAAGAUCCGCCGGAACACAUGGGUGCCACACUCCUCCAAAUUCUACCUCAUCAUUGUUGUCAGCAUCCUCGUCUUCCUCAUCUUCGCCUUGCCCAUGAAACUCCUCUGCCUGCUCAAUUUCCAGGACUGGGCCAACUUCAGUGACCUGCACCAACUUUCUCUGCUCUUUUCCACCAUCAACAGCAGUGCCAACCCUUUCAUUUACUUCUUUGUAGGCAGUAGCAGGAAGAAGAGGUUCCAGGAGUCUUUGAAAGUGGUCCUGACUCGGGCUUUCAAGGAUGAGAUGCAGCCCCAUUCCCAGGAGGACAGGGCCACUGAGCACACCGUCGACACUGUGGUCUGA